AGACCUCAGUUUGCUUUAAUGGCUAAUUCCGCCCUUCGUUGCAAGCACUUCAUUCGUAUGGUUGCUACGCUUCCCUUUCUUCUCGCACUCGCAUUCAUCUUCUUCACACCUGCAACUGCACAAAGACAGAUCAACAUAACCCUCGGUGCUUCUCUCGCACCCAACACCACCACCUUCAACUCCUUCUGGCUCUCGCCUUCCGGUGCCUUCGCGUUCGGGUUCUAUCAGGAGGGCGACGGUUAUGCGGUCGGGGUUUUCCUUCCACGAACUCCGCGUAAAACCAUAGUCUGGACCGCUAACCGAGACUAUCCUCCGGUCCCACGAAAUUCCACCCUACGUUUCACCAGCGACGGGAGACUUGUCCUGCAGUCUACAGAAGCGCAAGAGACGUUUGUUGCCAUUCCGAGGGAGACUGCGGUCUCAGCUUCUAUGCUCGACACUGGCAAUUUCGUUCUGUAUAACUCAAGGCGGGACGUCAUAUGGCAGACUUUUGAUUUGCCGACUGACACCCUCUUGGCAGGCCAGCAUUUAUCACCAAGCCAACAGUUGUGCUCGAGCGCUUCCGAGAGCGACCAAUCGACUGGUUUGUUUCGCCUCAAAAUGCAAAAGGAUGGAAACCUCGUGCAGUAUCCUGUAGCUACUCCAGAGACGGGCGAGCACGCUUACUGGGCAUCUGGCACCGCCGGAGUCGGUGACAAUGUGACACUAUAUCUCGAUAAUGACGGUUCUCUCUACUUGUUGAACGCAACAGGUACAUAUGUGAACAAUAUCACCGCAAGUAGAGGACCUCCAAAAGAAGGAAUAGUCUACCUUUUGAGAAUCGACCCAGAUGGGAUUUUGCGACUGUACUUGUACAACGCGACCCAGAAUGUGGAUUUGUCAAAAAUAUGGUCGCUUUCUGACAACAAAUGUAUGCCCAAGGGCUUAUGCGGGCUCAACGGGUUUUGCGCCAUGAAUGAUCAAAAUCUCGAGUGCAAGUGUCUUCCAGGAUUCGGAUAUGUGAACCCUGGGAACUGGACAUCUGGGUGCGAGAGGAACUUCACUGCAGAUAGCUGCAUGAGAGCAGACGCAGCCCCUAGGUACACUAUUCAACCGGUCUCUAACACUGUAUGGCAGGAUACUGCGUAUGCUGAUCUUACUUUUUCUACCAACGAAGAAUGUCAAAAGGCAUGCUUGCAGGAUUGCAAUUGCGAAGCAGUGAUAUACAAUGCCCAAUCCUGCAAAAAGAUGAGGCUUCCUUUGAAAUAUGGCAGGAGAGACCUCAAUAAUGCAAACAUACUCUCCAUCAAGGUAGGGGAGACUGGAUCUAAUGGGAAUGGAGCGAAUGGCUUCAUGCCGGAGGGAAAGAAAAGGCCUUCUCGGAGAGCCAUUCUAUUUGCAAUUGCAUCAUCUACUGCUUUCGCAUUAAUCACACUGGCAGUGUCAGGAUUUGUUGUUUACAGGUAUCGCGUUCGGCUAUAUGAAAUACUUCCCAAGGAGGGAAGCGCUACAAUGAUAGAGAAUAUUUCGCCGAGAUCAUUUACUUAUGAAGAGCUGAAGAGGGUAACCAAAGAUUUCGCCGAAGAGAUUGGUAGGGGAGCAUUCGGAACAGUGUAUAAAGGCACACUGUUGAAUAGCCUCGAGGUUGUUGCAGUUAAGAAACUAGAGAAGGUCUCAUCGGAUGUUGAAAGCGAAUUCCAAAACGAGGUGAAAAUUAUCGGGAGGACUCAUCACCGGAGCCUCGUCCAAUUGCUUGGUUAUUGUCUUGACGGACACGACAGGCUUUUGGUGUACAAGUACAUGAGCAACGGGUCGCUUGCGGAUCUGCUCUUCACGCCUGAGAAACAACCUUGCUGGGAUGAAAAAAUGGGAAUUGCUCGAAACAUAGCCAGAGGCCUCCUCUAUCUCCAUGAAGAGUGUGAAACCCAGAUCAUUCACUGCGAUAUCAAGCCACAGAACAUACUAAUCGACAAAUGUAGGCGAGCAAAAAUAUCCGAUUUUGGGUUAUCAAAGCUGAUGAAGCCAGAUCAAACCAACACCAUGACAAGGAUUAGAGGAACGAGGGGUUACGUUGCACCGGAGUGGCACAAGAAUUUGCCAGUGACGGUGAAAGCAGAUGUUUACAGCUUUGGCAUCGUGUUGCUGGAGAUCAUCUGCUGCCGAAGAAGUGUGGAUUGGAGCCUUCCUGAUGAUGAAGCCGUGCUCGAAGAAUGGGCCUACAGCUGUUUCCAGGAGCGCGAGCUAGAGAAACUAGUCAAUGAUGAAUCGACCGACAGAAGACAGUUGGAGAGAAUGGUGAAAGUGGCUCUUUGGUGCAUCCUUGAAGAGCCAUCGCUCCGUCCUUCGAUGAGGAAGGUGCUUCUGAUGCUGGAAGGCACGGUGGACAUCCCCAUACCUCCUUGUCCUUCUUCCUUCCUCAGUGCUAUAUAGACUUUCACCAACACUGUGCCGAUCGUCAUUGACAGAAAUGCAUUUGAUUGUCAAUAUCAUGUGUAGAAACUGUCCUGAGAGGUUUAUGUGAGGCGUGAUACUUGUUUGCCAAUAUUGUUCUU